UAAUUCUGCAUUUAAUCGUUACAAACCUCACAGCUGGGAGUGUGAAUUCCUGCUCUCGGCUCUCACGAGGCGCUUAACGCCGGCUCGAGGUGUUUUUCGCAGCACAGCCCCAGCGGCGGCCGCACGGGGGCGGUGGCGCGGGACGGGGCGGGACGGGGCGGUGCUGCCCGGCCCCAGGGCGGCCCCGGAGCGCUCGGCGGCAGGAAGGGCCGCAGCCCCGGGCUGGGCCGCUAUGCUCGAUCAGUCGUAUUGUCACCGGCUGCAACACGACAUGUAUUUUCUUACAAGCAAUAGCCGACUGAAUGAGCAAGUGGUUGAUAAAAUUAUUCUUCAGCUUAACAGAGUCUACCCCCAAAUUCUUACCAAUACAGAAGCGGAAAAGUUCAGGAAUCCAAAGGCAUCACUCCAUACCAGGCUCUCAGAUCUGAUAAAGCACCUUCAGAAGAAAGGAGAGAGACACUGUCAGGAAUUUUACAGGGCUCUACAGAUCAAUGCUGAACAGCUCUAUAAUGACCUGCCAAGCAGGAAAAUCUUGAAAACCACAGAUUCCGCAGAGAUAGACACUGACAAGGAGAAAUGUAUGCUAAAUGACAGGGGCCCAGUGUUUUUCCUCGCCUGUUUCAGUGCAGCAGCAGGAUUUGCCUUAUUUUGGUAUUGCUGUAACUCAGAUGCAAAAGUAAUAGGAAGAUCCAGGAGAAUCUUGGGUUUUUCUCCUAUUAUCAUAGGAAGACAUGUUAGAAAAAUUUGUAUGCUGUAUUUGGAAGACAUCUCAAGAAAUUGAGGAAAAGCUGCCUCUUCGCUUAGACAUCUGUACAGUGUGUCUGCCAAGGGAAGACAACGGUGCAUGAAUAUUAAUGUACUAUACUCUCAUACCAAAGAUUUUAUUAACUAGUUUCAUCAAUAAUUGUGUUGCCUCAAGAUGUAUUUAGAUUUGCAGCUAUAUAUGUCCUUCCUUGUGGGAAUGGGCCAUUUAUUUUUGUAAAUGCUUAUUUUAAAAUAUUUAUCAUUUGGAUAAAAGUAUUUUUAAUACAAACUCUGAAACGAUAUCCUAUCUGAUCACGGGUUUGCAUAUGUGUAUUUUAUACUGGAAUGAAGGAACACAACUGUUUAACGAAUGCUAGCCUGUCUUUUAUGGUAAUUAAUUUAAGAAAAGCACUUAAAAGAAAAAACCAAACCCACACACACUCAAAGCCUUACUAAGAAAUUGAUCUCUAUCUCAGGACUGUCUGUUUUGUCUGAAUCCUUUAUAUUUACUACCUGAGCUCAGGUGGGCACUGGCUCUUGCAAAGCUUUUCAGUGCCAGUUACCUCUGUAUGCCUAGUCAUACACGUGUCCUUGCCAUGUGUUGUAGUCCUCCUGUUUGUGCAUCCUUCCACCUGCAUUGUUCAGCUUGUGUUCAGCUGUACACCACGGUUUGAAUGCGCAGGAGCUCGUGCAGGCCAGCACCCAGCCCAGGGGUGUUCUGGGGGACUGCAAGGUCAGAUCUGAAGCACUUGAAAUUACUAAGGAGACUUCUCAGAUUUGGCUUUGUCUUUCCAAGUGGGGUGUUCUGGGGACUGUACAUCCAAGAAAUCUACAGUGUUUUGCAAGGACGUCAAAUUUGACUUUUUUUUUUUAAUGGCCAAAAAUAUGUCUACCUGUUUGGAGAGCCUGAGGUUGCUCAUAAUGCCAUUUUGGUUUUAUGUUUUUCGUCUGUAAGUUGGAACCUGGAAAACUUGCAAAUAGCAUCUUCAACAAACAGAAUAAGAUCAGAGUUCUCGAGGGUGGUUCAGGGAGACAGGGCUGCAAGUUAAGCAUGCAGGGUCUAUGACUCUAACCAUGGUCCUGCCUGGCUCAGUACAAAUGGCAGUGGGAAGUGGCAUUGUCAGGGGGUAGUUCUUCAGUUGCUUGCUCAAGAGUGUAAAGAAUUUGGUGAGGGGAUGGGACUGUGUGUGAUGUAGUGAGAAAGAUGCUUUGUCUCUUCUUUCACUGGAAUGAAAAUUCCAAAUCAGAUUGAAAGCUGUUAGAAUUUCUCUUGGGAUCCUUCAGUGCAUGGUGCCUUGUGCUGUAGCUGCUACUUAUUCAGGCAGCCAUCCCAUGGAAGACUAAGUGGUUUUCUCAAAACAUUCAGAUUGAAGAUUGCCUUGAAGCUAUAAGCUUCAUUCAUGCUAUAAAAAUGUCAACAUUUUCUCGCAAGCAAAUCGUCUCACAGUAGCUGUAUUUCUUUCCAGGACAACUCACCAGACACAGUAGCAAGGGUGUAGUCUAAAAGAAGAAUUGUGUACAGGGCCAAGUUUCCAAAGAAAAGACCCAAAGCAUAUUUUCAAGAAGCAUCUGAGAGAUGAAAGGGCUCAACAGCUCCUGAUUCUACUCUUCUGACAAUCUUUCUGCCUUCUGCACAGUGCGCAGGAGGUGAGAUCUUGAGAACCUACAGGGCAGUGUUUUGUGUAGGUGGACAUAUUCCAAGGUCUGCAGUGGGCCACAGGGUUUGAUACACACUUGACAGCUUGAUUGAUGAAAACAUACAAAUGCCAGGCAAAGUAACACCCAGCAGGGCAGUUUUAGAUGACUUUUCCCCUGUCUCCAUCCCACCAUCUCUCAUGUCUCCUUAAUCUAAUCUCCUUGGGAGUCUUACUAGGGAGAGAACUCUAAUGGGGAUGAGAGCAUUUCCUGUAGCACUGCCAAACAGCUUUCUGCCUGAGUUGCACCAUGAGCUGCUGCUGUGCUGCCUUCCAUCUUGGGAUGGGCUUUAGUUAUGUCCUGUUGUAUUUGCUGUUUGUUUUUUCCUCCAACAAACCAUCUGUAAUUUAUAGCAUUUGGAAUUAACUGUUACGCUCCCCUCUGUUGCUUAAAUCCCUUAAGCAGCACCUUUUUAGGGGGCUAGAAAAAAUAGAUUUGAAAUCCAAAGGGGUUUUAAAUCUUUGCCUUAAAGCCAACUCUGAAACAUCAUCACAGGAACAGUAUUCCAUUUUACAUGGAAAUAUUAUUCACAAUAUUCUCAGCAGUCACAUUUCAUUUCAAAGCAAAGCCAGAGGUCAUGAUGCUGCCAGGCAGGUUCCUUCUGCUGGGGUUAUCCAGCACUUCACCCUUAAAUAACAGGUUGCAAAUUGCUGUGAACUGUUGCUGUAGCCUGCAGAAGCUGUCAGUGCCUUGUCUGAACUGCAGCAGCAGUGGCUGUGAGGUUGCAUGUGGCCCUCGCACUUCCUUAUGCCAAGAGGCUUCCUUGAGCCUUGAAAACAAUGAGAAUUGGAAAGUUUACUGAAGGCUGUGGCUGUAUUUCUUCCUUUUCUUAGGUUGCUUAAGAUGAGAAUGUCUCUUAGGAAAAAAAUGCCAGGACAAGCAAUCCUCAGGGCUAGGGCUGGGAGGAAGAACAAGCUCGGAUUCAUCCCAGCACUGGUGAUGACCUGACAGCAAAGAACAGAAAAUUAUCCGUUCCUCUGUCAGUGCUAGUUGUUAGUGUGAGAAUUGAGGCAAGGUUUAGAACUGUUAUGUGCAUAGGUUUGUGUAGUGUGUAGUCUCUGGAGAAAACAAUGACUUGGUUCCUUUCCCUCCUUUUCCCUUCACUGCUGUAAUCCCUACAAAAGGUUUCAAGAAGUCAGGCAGAGUUGCAGCAAGAGUUCUGUAGUUCUCUGGGGUAGAACAGAGCACUGCAGGUGAGACUGUUGGGAGAUACACAUUUUCUUUGAAGAUUUUUCUUUCAGGAACAAAUGCCAUGGCUUAAUACACUUCUUCACAAGUGUGCAGCAAGUGCAGGCAGAUGAAAUGACAAUGCUGUACUUAGUUCCUGGAGGAGGUACAUAUGUACCUGCCUGGGAGUCAGGUCCUUCUGGGCAAGCACGGCUCUUCACUUCAAAGUAAAUUACGUAGGGCCUGGAUGAGCCUGUAUUGCUGCAGACUCCCAGCUCCCCUGUUUAGUCAGGCUGUGUUUGCUGCUGUAGCUGUGCUGGUAUUUGGGAGUGUGUUAGCUGUGUGUGGGGGGAAGUUGUCCUGCAUUUGCAAAAUUCAGUAGGUGGCUGAGCGCACAGAGGAUAGAGGAUGUUCUUGCAAACGCUGUGGUAAACAUAUGGUAGACAUAGAGGAGCUAAUAGAAAGCAGUCCUGUUUUCAGCUUAACCUCUCACAUUGUGCAGCUCUGGUUGGAGAAGAAAAAUAUUUGCUUUUCUCCUGCAGCAUAAGGAGCAGCAUGGGCUGAGGAGCCCAGCAGUUCUGAUGUCUGCAAACAUAGCACUGGAGAGAGGUGGGCAGGAGGACUGACAUCUGACAGACUGACAGACAAGAGUGGAAGCAUGCGGGCUGUCAGCAGUGCCCACAGGGCUGCGCCAGCAGGGCUCACUGCAGCUCCAGGGAGUCCAGCCCCUCACUGCUGUCCCAAUAUCUACCCCAAAGUCUUCCUUCCUUGCUUUUUCUCAUGAAUGGGCAUUUUGAUUUAAAGCAAAGCUGAACUGCCCGCGGUUGUCUCAGCCCUAGUGUCCGUGCUGCCGAGGUCCCAGCAGGAUUGCUGGGCAGCUCCCAGCAGCGAGCAGGCAGGCGGAGCAGCUCAGGCAGAGUGGGGCGUCUGCAUCCCGAGCUGGGAGGCGAGGUGACAGUUCACACUAUCGGUGUGCACAGCCCCACGUGCAGACAGCCUGAUGUUUAAAGUGCUUCGGUGCUGGCUGGUGUGCCUGCUAGUGAGGGCUCUAAUGAGGAGAUCAUUCACUGCAGAGCAUGCGGGGCUGCUCGAUAGCUGCUGCUGCAACUGCCUAGGCGAAGCUGUCUUCCUUAAGUUCUUUCAUUUGUUUUUUUUUUUCUUAUACUGUAAUAAUUUGAAAACAUUUGGUUAAAAACUGCAGUUGCAGAUGCGUUGUACUGCUGUUCUUCAUAAUCAAAAGUUACUCUGAAAACGUGUCUUGCCUUAGCUGUGUGAUCAAGUGUUGCUGUUACACAAAGAAACAGUAACUGUUUGCUGUACUGCACAGGGCCUGUGUUUUGUAAUCAUUUAUCCUCACAUAGGUCUUCUUUAAUUCUGUAAGAAUUAAUGACAUUCAUUUUUUUUAU